AUGGCCAGGAUGGCUGUAGCGGUGGCCUCAGCCGCUGCACUUCAGCUUAAAUCUGGAUCAGAUCAGGUGGUGAUGCAAGCAGGCAGCCGCGCAAGCUGCGAUGCUCCUGUCCAGACUGGUAGAUGGAUAAUCCUGUACUAGCAGCUGCGGGGCCGCGUGAAAAGGAUCACUAUCCGUGACCCACGUUCCGGUCCCAAGGGGCAGCAGGAAAGUCCAGAUCUUGGGCCACUGAAGGCAUAAGGAGGAAGGCACCUCCCCCCCAAAAAGGUGAGCUUGAUGGAGACCCUGGCAAUUUUAGGUUCUUUUAUUUUUGUGCUGAACGCUAAAAGCAAGGGUUGUGGUUUGGGGGUGCACUCUGGAGGCAAAAUAUACGGAAGGGAAAUAACUUUUUGCUGGACUAAUUGCUGUGCAGCUGAACGUGUAGCAAGGGAUGCAGGCUGUCUAGAUUAUAGACAGAGAUGUGGAAUUGACAUAAACAGAUCUAUUCACUAGGAAGGUACCCAGUUCAUAUCUCACGUAAGGAGAGAUCGAUUUGAAGAGCAUCUAGCCGAGAUAUCUAAAUUGGUGGGCACUGGGCAGGUAGCUACAGUGUUCAUCCCACAGAACGAAAAGUUGUGGAGUAUGAAAGGGAGAAUCUGAGAGUUUCCUUUUCCUGCAAGUGGUUUACAAUGGUCUCUUUCUAGAAGAGAGGCAAAUCCCUCUAGCUCUGGAGGACUCUGCCUUGGACCUGACCUGUCUUGUCUCCGUUGCAGGAAAGGUUUGUUGCCCUGACUCCUGCCUGCAGUCUUCACUCUCUCGUCAUUGCAAGGUUGUUUGCUAUACCCGCCGCAUUUGGCUCUCGACGCACCAAUGCCAUCCAGGACUCGGAAGCCAGGUGA